UUGGAGAAAUUCAUCUCUCCUUUUACGGCGAGGGCUCAGUACCCGAAAACAACUAUGGAGAGGAAAAUACUUCCCAUUUACUUGUUGUUGCUGCUUUCUGUUUUCUUGAUUCAGCAAGUUUCUUCUCAAGAUUUAUCAAGCUGUGCAGGGAGAUGUGGGGAAGGGUAUUCUAGAGAUGCCAUCUGCAACUGUGAUUAUAACUGUCAACACUACAUGGAGUGCUGCCCUGACUUCAAGAAAGUCUGCACUGUAGAGUUUUCCUGUAAAGGCCGCUGCUUCGAGUCCUUUACAAGAGGGAGGGCGUGUGACUGUGACUCAGAAUGUAAGAAGUACGGCAAGUGUUGCUUCGAUUAUGACAGUUUUUGUGAAAAAGUGCACAGUCCUGCAUCACCACCACCUUCAAAGUCUGCACCUCCACCUCCAGGAGCAUCUCAGACCAUCAAAUCAACAACCAAACCUUCACCCAAAUCAUCAAGCAAGAAGACUAAGAAAGUUAUAGAAUCAGAGGAAAUAACAGAAGUAAAAGACAACAAGAAGAAAAGAACCCCUAAAAAGAAACCUACCCCAGAACCACCAGUAAUAGAUGAAGCUGGAAAUGGACCAGACAAUGGUGAUUUCAAGCUCACCCCAACUCCUGACAUUCCCACCACUCAACGUAAUAAAGUUACCACAACUCCCAAGAUUACAAUAGUAAAACCGAUACUAUCUAAACCCAGUAUUCCACCUAAUUCUGACACAACUAAAGAGACGCCUUUGACAGCCAAUAAGGAGACAAUAGAUGAAACUAAAGAGACUUCUACAACAAAUAAACAGACUUCAACUACUGCAAAAGAGAGGACUACUUCAGCUAAAGAGACACAAAAUGCAGAGAAAACAUCUACUAAAGAUUUUGCACCCACAUCUGAAGUUCCUGCUACAUCUACACUCAAAGCUGAAACUAUAAGCAAAUCCCCUGCUCUCACCUCUCCCAAGGAGCCAGCUCCCACCACCAAGGAAUCUACACCCAUCAUCCCCAAAGAGCCAGCUCCCACCACCAAGGAAUCUACAACCACCAUCACCAAAGAGCCAGCUCCCACCACCCCCAAGGAGCAAGCUCCCACCACCAAGGAAUCUACAACCACCACCACCAAAGAGCCAGCUCCCACCACCCCCAAGGAGCAAGCUCCCACCACCAAGGAAUCUACAACCACCACCACCACAGAGCCAGCUCCCACCACCAAGGAAUCUACAACCACCACCACCAAAGAGCCAGCUCCCACCACCAAGGAAUCUACAACCACCACCACCAAAGAGCCAGCUCCCACCACCCCCAAGGACCAAGCUCCCACCACCAAGGAAUCUACAACCACCACCACCAAAGAGCCAGCUCCCACCACCCCCAAGGAGCAAGCUCCCACCACCAAGGAAUCUACAACCACCACCACCAAAGAGCCAGCUCCCACCACCCCCAAGGAGCAAGCUCCCACCACCAAGGAAUCUACAACCACCACCACCACAGAGCCAGCUCCCACCACCCCCAAAGAGCCAGCUCCCACCACCAAGGAAUCUACAACCACCACCACCAAAGAGCCAGCUCCCACCACCCCCAAGGAGCAAGCUCCCACCACCAAGGAAUCUACAACCACCACCACCACAGAGCCAGCUCCCACCACCCCCAAAGAGCCAGCUCCCACCACCAAGGAAUCUACAACCACCACCACCAAAGAGCCAGCUCCCACCACCCCCAAGGACCAAGCUCCCACCACCAAGGAAUCUACAACCACCACCACCAAAGAGCCAGCUCCCACCACCAAGGAAUCUACACCCACCACCACCACAGAGCCAGCUCCCACCACCAAGGAAUCUACACCCACCACCACCACAGAGCCAGCUCCCAACACCCCCAAAGAGCCAGCUCCCACCACCAAGGAAUCUACAACCACCACCACCAAAGAGCCAGCUCCCACCACCAAGGAAUCUACAACCACCACCUCUAAAGAGCCAGCUCCCACCACCCCCAAGGAGCAAGCUCCCACCACCAAGGAAUCUACAACCACCAUCACCAAAGAGCCAGCUCCCACCACUCCCAAGGAGCAAGCUCCCACCACCACCAAGGAGCAAGCUCCCACCACCCCCAAAGAGCCAGCUCCCACCACCACCAAGGCGCCUGCUCCCACCGCCCCCAAGGAGCCAGCUUCUGCCACCCCCAAGGAACCUACUCCAAGUUCUCCUAAUACACCUGCUCCAACCACCUCAGAGGCCUCUACUUCAACUACCACCAUGGAGCCUCCCACUACUCCCAAGGGCCCUGCUGAAUCAUCUCCUGAGUUUCCUGUAGAACCCACACCAAAGACUCUUGAAAAGAGUCCCAAGGAGCCUUCUGUACCUACAACCAAGGCUCCUAAAGUGACCAAACCUGAAAUGACUACAACAGCUAAAGACAGGGCCACAGAAAAAGACACAACUGAUACCAUGACAUCAUCCAAAAUUACUCUUAAAGCAACAACUCUUGCACCCAAAGUAAUGACAGCAACAAAAAAGACAACUGAAGAGACUACAAGCAAACCUGAACCAACAACAGCUAUACCAAAAGGUACAGCUACUAACUCUCAAGUGACAACUCCUAAACCCCAAAAGCCAACCAAAGCACCCAAAAAGCUCACUUGUACCAAAAAGCCAAAAACACCUAGAGUGAGAAAACCAAAGACUACACCAACUCCCCCAAAGAUGACAUCAGCAAACCCUACCUCUUUAGCAGAAGCCAAGCUCCAAACCACCACCAGCCCUAACCAAACUCCCAACUCAGAAAUAAUCGAAGUAAGUCCAAAGAAUGAAGAUGCAGAUGCUACUGAAGGAGAAAAACCUCACAUGAUUCCUAGGCCCCCUGUGUUAACUCCUAUAGUUAUUCCAGGCACUGAUUUCAUAGGGAGAGGACCCAGUCAAGGCAUUGGCAUCAACCCCAUGUUUUCAGAUGAGACUAAUUUAUGCAAUGGUAGGCCAGUAGAUGGACUGACUGCUUUGCGCAAUGGGACACUAGUUGCAUUUCGAGGUCAUUAUUUCUGGAUGCUAAAUGCAUUCAGUCCACCAUCUCCACCUCGUAGAAUUACUGAAGUUUGGGGCAUUCCCUCCCCCAUUGAUACUGUUUUUACUAGAUGCAACUGUGAAGGAAAAACUUUCUUCUUUAAGGAUUCUCAGUACUGGCGUUUCACCAAUGAUAUAAAAGAUGCAGGGUAUCCCAAACUAAUUCCCAAAGGAUUUGGAGGACUAAAUGGAAAAAUAGUGGCAGCUCUCUCAAUAGCUAAAUACAAGAACAGACCUGAAUCUGUGUAUUUUUUCAAGAGAGGUGGCAGCAUUCAGCAGUAUACUUAUAAACAGGAACCCACCCAAAAGUGUACUAGAAGAAAGCUUGCGAUAAAUUAUUCAGUGUAUGGAGAAACGACACAGGUUAGGAGACAUCGAUUUGAACGUGCUAUAGAAACUUCUCAAACACACACCAUCAGAAUUCACUAUUCACCCAUCAGAGUCACUUAUCAAGACAAAGUGUCAUCUGCAGGUUUCCUCCAUAAUGAAGUUAAAGUGAGUACACUAUGGAGAGGACUUCCAAAUGUGGUUACUUCAGCUGUAUCACUGCCCAACAUCAGAAAACCUGAUGGCUACGAUUACUAUGCCUUUUCUAAAGAUCAAUACUAUAACAUCGAUGUGACAACUAGAACAGCAAGAGCCAUUACUACUCGUUCUGGACGGACCUUAUCUAAUGUCUGGUACAACUGUCCUUAGACUGAUGGGCAAAGGAAGAAUCGACUAAUUAAAAUGAAGAAAAGAAUGAUAAACUUUGACACUGAAAUACAUUUUAUUAAUAAAGAAUGUUGAUAUAAGCAUACCAAUUUAAAUACAAAAAUGUUUUUCAA